AUUUAAAUCGUCCACAGUAAAAGAAUGCAUCCAUGCAAUACUGAAGGAGAAGCUGACCAAUGUACAGUACAUCCCAGAAGAAAUGCCUCAGCUUACAAAGUCUUUAUCAGAGACAAUAAAAGACAGACUGAAAGAGGAGGGAUUUGACAGAUACAAAAUGGUGGUACAGGUUGUGAUUGGAGAGCAGAGAGGAGAAGGAGUGAAUAUGGCUGCGCGAUGUUUCUGGGAUGCUGACACUGACAGCUAUGCUCAUGAUGUGUUCAUGAAUGACAGCCUUUUUUGUGUGGUAGCUGCAUUUGGCUGCUUCUACUAUUGAAGAUGGUAAACAUUGCACAGACGGACAGAGGUGGGGAAGAAUGCUCUAGGGUAUUUUUUGUUAAAGUGCACAAAAGCAUCAUGUUCUUCCUUUAGUACCUAACAAAACAACAGCUCUACAAAGCAUGUCCUACACCUGUUCUACACACUACAACAUUUCUUCUUCCUUGUGGAUAUCAAUAUAGCUUUAAGUACAAUAUUAUUAUGUCCUUUAUUUAAAUUGCCCUUUGUUUUCAUAUGGUGUAUUGGUUUUGCCCUAAAAAAGUGUAUUUCUAAUAG